AUGUUAGUACCCACAAUGCGCAAACUAGAUUUAUUAAAGAUGAGACAACAGUUUCAAAAUCCUCUUGGAUUCCAUCGUCAGGUAUUAUAUCAGUUUAUCCCUUCUCCAGUGGCUGGGGUGCCAGAUGAGAAGCUGAUGGAGGCCCAUGGCAGCUUUUCCACAGCUUCGUGUACUCUCUGUGGUCAAAGACAUGAUGGAGACAUGGUGAAGGAAGCUAUAGUUACUGGAAAAGGACCUGUUCUGUGCGAGUCUCAGAAGUGCAAAGGUAAAGUCAAGCCAGACAUUGUGUUCUUUGGGGAGAACCUUCCACAUACUUUCUGGAAUUUCCAUGAGGAGGUUCACUUUACGGACCUCCUUCUUGUCAUUGGCACUUCGUUAGAGGUAUACCCCUUUGCUGGGAUAGCUGACGCAGUUGGCAGAUUUACCCCGAGAGUGCUGAUCAACCGCGAUGUAGUGGGGAGUUUUGGAAGCAGAAUAGGUGACGUUAUUCUGAACGGUGACCUUGUUGAGGGUAUAUGGAAUUUGGCCAAAGAAAUUGGAAAUUCUGAAUUUGAUUUUUCUGUUAAGAUAAAGUCUUCCAAAGUGUAA